CGGUGUUGACUUUCGUGGUAAAUCCGUGCGUUCUCGUAGACCAACACAAAAAGCACUAAUUAAUAACAUGUCAGCUUUUGAACACCUUAUUAGAUCCAAAAUGCGCGUCCAAUUUUCCAAUUCCUUUAUACAAAAUGUUCGAGCUUUGAAGAUGCUUCCGCUAUCGCUGACAGCAUAAUUCUCAUGCGAGAGUCGCACUAUUGCCAUGAAAAUUAAUUGGAGAGUAAGCGAGGUGAGAGCGGUUUUCUCUACAUCCGUUUGAGCUCCGAUCACUCUAUUAUUGGAAGCUCAGAUCGAAAACCGAAACUAAUUUCAUCUCACAUGACAGCUUGCGCUCAACGCUGGUGGGUUUUUUUCCUGUGACUGCGUUAGGUACAUUUGCUACAAAAAUUUGUGACUUUUUUUUACUUAAUUAUGAACGUUACUCGAGGAAAAUCAAGUGUGAUAAUUCUCAGAUUGAUUGUCAUCCUACAAGGAACCUCAAGCAUUUCUGGUGUCGAUAAAGAGUGUGAAUCAUGCUAUUCCUUCCAUGAUGACAUCAUGACAUGGCUUCUCAGCCGACAACAAUGCUCGGUUGCUGGUGGCGAUUUGGUUGUAAUGGAGACAAAGGAGGAGUGGGCGUUCAUCACGGAGCAAAUUCAAACCAAGACGGUCCCAGACGGGUCAAACGAGUCGUUCAUUGGGAUGGAGAUUCCUGACAAUUGGAAGAAAGGAGAGCCUUUGAAGUGGAAAAACGGAGCUAACUUUACCCUCACAGACAAAUGGCAAUCAGGCAAGCCAACAGCGAAUGAAGGAGAGCAGCGUACUUCAAGCGUGUUGAUAUCACGAGAUUACAUGUUUAAAGGAUCUCUGAAUUCUAUAGGAUAUGAUUUACAGAGAGGUCGCAUCUGUGAAUAUAAGAAAGACUGUAGCCAAGCAGGUCGUGUGCCGCGAUGUAUCGGCCCAACUACAGCAACCCUUACGACUGAAACGAUAGCAGCUUCACAAUUAACACCGUCAUCUUCAGCAACAACAACAACUAUACGUACAAAUACCAAGACGACGGAGUCAGCAAUAACAACAAGUUUAUCGACCUCACUGCCAGUUAUUCUGCCGACGUCUUCUAAGUCAUCUAGCGCGCUGUCCUUGGAGGUGCUGGUGGUCCUAGUACUCCUCUCUGUGGCAUGCAUCAUACUCAUCAUCAUCGUGUGCGUGUGGAAACACCAGCACCGCGAAAAAAAGCGUCCAAGAAAUUUCAAGGAGCCGAUUCCAUUGAUUGAAAUGAAACAAGUGAACCACACCCCAUUUGGCGAACAAAUGGUAUCACCUAUAGAGUGUACAGUGACGUCGCGGGAGGGUCCGAUAACCGGUCACCCUAUAACUAUAAGAAAGAGUGUAAUUACCGGUCACCACAUAACUGAAACCAGUCAUUACGCAGAGCUAUUAGGCCAGACGUCAGACUACGAGCCGCUACACGUGUAUGGAAACGUUGGAAGACAGAGCGGGAAUAGUGUGGAGUAUUGUGUGUGUUAAAAAGAGUUUUACCAAAAAAACAUCUUAGAAAUAAUAGAAGCCAUCUUUGGGUUGCUUUUGCUAACAUACGAACCAAAGAAGUGAAUAUUUGAAAGCACAUCAAUAGGAAAAAUGCAAACAUUUAAGAAGAGACUAGACCCAAACGUCACUACAGAAAACCAAUAAGAUGCGAUAAUUUAAGUUGAGGCUACACCAAAACGUCACUAGAGACGACACGGACAGUAAGAGUUCAUGAGCGCGUAUUUUGAUUCAUCACCUGUAUCAAAGCAAUAUGUUCCUUAUUUAGAAUGGUUUUAUCGAGAAUAAUGAAAAUAAAUAGUGCAAUCGUUGUGUUUUCUUUAUUCAUUUCAUCAAUGACAGACAUUGAAAUGAUUGAAAUGAAAAUGAAAUAAAGUGAACAAAAUCAC